GCAAACAAUUCUUGUAUUUGACCGUCUCUAGCUCGACCAUACGUUUUUUUUUCUUCUCUGUGCCGUUUGCAUUGUGUGCAUUUCGUAAUCAUCACAAAAUGUGUGGAUUAGUUCUUUCGUCGCUUUUUUUUGUUAUUGUUUCAACGAUUUUUUAACUAAGCACAUAGAAACCAGAUUCGAAUGCGACACAAAAAAAGCGGUAUUGAUCUCACUUUGAAAUUACUCGAAUUGGAAUAUAUCGAGAGUUUUCUCGUUGAGCUCUCUGAAAGAAAUGGCUUAUUUCUCAAAAUCAUCUGAUUUGCAGAUGGAAGAAGGUAAAAAAAAGAAGAAUAUACUCUAUCCUAACUAUUGAAAGAAAGAAGAUACUCAAAUUUCUCUUGAAAACACCUUCAAAUUUGCCUGAAAAUAAUUUGAAAUGGAAAAAUACCAUUGAAUUAAUAUAGAAAAAUCUAUUCCAAUCGAUUUCGCCGCAAUAGAAAAAACCGACACCGAGAUUCAAAUAAGAGCGCGGUCGAUCGGUUCACAGCAAUUCUAUCAAUAGGGUUUCAUAUUUGGCUGUUGCUAUCUGUCUUUGUUUCGCACACAUGCGAAUGAUAGUAUGAUGGUACUUCCUUCCUUCGUAUGGUCACACUGUGUGAAACCGACGAACGAACGAAAAAGUCAACGACGCAGUAGAAACACGCUGUGUUUUUGACAAAUCCAUUUGACAUUUCUCAGCACACACAUAUUUCAAUUACUGACAUUUGCUUGUUAUUCUACUCCAGAGAAGGCAACAAAUUAUUUUGCCCACAAAAACAAGACACAUCCACUGUUAUUGUUAUUUUUUUUUUCUCGCUCCGUGUAAACUUAAUUUCAAUUUCGACGCCAUCCAACCAAACAAACAUUUCUGUUUUGAUGCAAUCAACGACGAAACACACGAUCAUCGAUUCGUUAUCGUUAAAUCGACGAAUAUUAAGCGUUUGGCGUGGAAUUGGUAAAAUAUCGAGGCGAGCCAAUGCAGACAUUCAAUUUAAACCGAUUAAACGUGAGCAAAUGACCGGAACAAAGAGUUUAUUUGUAUGAAGAAGAAGUAGAAACGAAACAAAACACACACAAGAGAUAAAAUAAAAUGUCAUCAAGGCGACCGCGAGUUAAAGCAGCUGCAAUUUUGAAGCCUCGCCGACCGCAAACAUCGGCCAAUGAACCCAAUGACAUUGUGAAAUCGGAAACGAAUGCAGAACAAACGAUUGAAGUGUAUAGUAGGAGGAGAGAUGAUAUUGACGAGACGCAGUCAACAUCACUAAGAUCAUCAGCAGAAGUACCAGCUGUACCACCAGACCCAACGGUAGCUGUAAUACAAACAAGCAAUCAGUCCGAGUCGAAGCCAGAUAUAAAAUCAAUUUCAAUCUCAGCCGUAAAUUCACCAAAACAUAGUGUGAUACAGGAUGCUGUCGAUUCGGUGGAGAAUAAGCCACCCGAUGUGGUGGCAUCCCCAUCAAAAGCCGUGCCAAAGCCAUCGAAUGCGAGUGUGGUGCCGACACCGUUUCGUCGGAUCUCAACACCGCCCGUGAACAUUGUGAAUCGUCGUAAAAGUCUCAUUGCCACCAAUGAAAAUCGGCCGGGCUAUUCGCCAAAGUACAUGAAAUCACCAUCGUAUUCAUUUGUUCGUGAUAUUCCGUCAAAAGAUACAAAAUCGGUGAUUCAAUCGCCGCAUCAUUCGAAGCCGGCAACGAAUGCAGACGAUGACGUUUUUUCACCGGCACCAACCGAAAACGAUGAAUGCUUCAAGUCACCGCCAUUCAUGUCACCAAUCUAUACGAGGCGUAUCGAACCGAGUAUGAGUCCAUUUCAUGAUAUUUACGGUGAAGAUUACACAAAAUCACCGUCCGCAGCCAUGCCAAACAACAAGAUUCGGCAACGUAUUCGACCGACACCAUGUUUUGCCAGCCGAAGGAACAGCAUUCAAGGUAGUGGCAUCGGCGGUGCAUCCGAAUCAGAAGACGAACAACAUCGAAGGCAACGUCACUAUAGUACCAGUUCAAAUCACAGCAGCUACAAUCCAUCGUCUACACCGCAACAUCAACGCAACUAUUUCGGUUUGAAUAAAGUGCCGUCACGCGUUCGCACCGAAUCAUACAGUUCAAGCAUAUCGGAUAUUCCAUUUUCGAAGAGUAAACGUUCACAUCGCUCCGAAGAAUAUCAACGGGUGGCAAAUGCAAAGCGAGAAUUUAAUCAACGUCUUAAUGGCAAACCGCCCGAUAAAAGUCGACUCACUAUGUACGAUCUCAUUUAUUAUAAUCCGCUGACGAAUCCGAUGAGCAAACCAGCCGGUAAAGGUGAUAAAAACAGUGAUACAGCCUCCGUAUCGUCAGCGAAAACCAGUCAAAGCCGUAGCAGUGGAUCGGUGAAAUCGGAAGCAUCUGGACCAGUUAAAACGGUCAAAUCGGAAACGACAGACGCUGUCACCGGACCCGUACCACAACUUAAACUCGAUGCCAACGGCGAAAUUAUUUUGGACGAAAAAAGUUUGGUGAUCGAAACGACCGGCGAUAAAGAGGCACGCGAAAUGCUUGCCAAUUCAGAUGUUAUUUAUGACGAUGAAUUUAGUGGAACAAGCGGCUUUUAUAAAAGGCAAAAACGUACUCGAGAUUGGCUUCCUUUGGAAACGCUCAAAUUUUAUCGAUCACUUCAAACAAUCGGCACGGAUUUCUCAGUUAUGCUACAACUAUUCCCGAAUCGGUCAAGGCGAGACUUGAAAUUAAAGUUCAAGAAAGAAGAAAAGCACAAUAUGGCCUUAAUAAACAAAGCACUGUUGCAUCCCAAAGAAUUUAAUGUUGAUGAAUUGAAGCUUCAGUUUGACAAAGAGGACGAAGAAAUCGAGCAAAAGAAACAGGAAUGGGCUGAAGUGAGGAAGAAAAUGGCCAAUGAACGAAGGGAGCAAAUAAAUGCAUCGAGAAAACGCAAUCCAAAUCGGCAAGUGAGUAGGUCAAUGCGGAAUUUAACCGAUGGCGACAUUGUGUACGAGAAUGAAUUUGUGGCGCUGCCGCCAAAGGCGAGGCGAUCUAAUCGAAAGCGAAAUGUUACUGCUGAUAUUUUGGAUGCGCCGGCCGAUGCAAUGCUCAGUCCACUGUCAUUGAAUCACAAUAAUAAUCAUGUAGAUAGUCUGCCGCAACACACAUAUGCCACGCAUAAGCUGCCAAAUUUCAUAGAAAUUAUGUCAACGCAAAAAUCGCGUCAGUCAUCGCACAGUUCGAAUCCCGUUCCCACUGCAGACACCUCACCCAGCCACAUAAAUCAUAUCGAUACGGCUCCAAGUCCGGUUGCAAUUGAAACAAAUGGCAUAUACGAAGCCGACGAGCAAUCACAGCAUGCCAUGGAUCUGUCCACAACGUCGUUGAUCAUUCACGGUGGAAAUAGCAAUCACGAAGCCGACACUACGCCUGCGCCGACAGACGCAAAUGAAUCAACAAUUGGCCAGUACAUUGCGAAGAAUCCAAAUUUAACAUUCAAAGGAUCGGGUGAUAUUAUGAAUAUGGACAUCAUAUUUGAGAACGUUUCGAUUGAAGAGGACGACACGAUUGGUACAACAGUGUCAUCUGAAUCAAAUGUCGAGACGACUGUUGAUGAAUCCGCGCCCAUUGUAACAACGAUUACGGAAUCUGAGCCGGAGAAUUUGGUGAAAAUCGAUGGCAUUCAAUACGAGAUAAUAACAGUUGCCAACGAAAAGCAAUGUGAUGAUGACCGAACGUCAGACGAUGAUGAAACAACAGUCAAAGUGAUGACCGAUGCAACAGAAACGGUGGAAGAAGUGGAUACAAUACCGGUGAUAAGUCAGGGAUAUGAAGAUGAGAAUUAUGUGUACACUUCAUCACCCAAUGAAAUGGUCAUUAUGACGUGCUCGAACUUGGAUGUUGCUGCCGAAAUUGAAGCCGUUGAUUUAUCGAGUUCAGCCAUUAAUUUAGAAUCAAGUGGCGCCAUUGAUGUGUCUGAAUCCAGUGCAGUCAUCCACUUAUCUGAACCGGUUGCCACUAUUGAUCUGCCCGAAUCAAAGGCAUAUCAUGCAACAGCUGCCGAGACAGAGACCGAAAUCGAAGCUGUUGAAUCCAAAGUAACGGCUGGCGAAGCAAGCUACGUCAAAACCGAGGCAUUGGCCGUAAAAGAAGAGAUUAUAGAACCGGCAGCCACCGUCCAACCGACCGACACUGAACGAAAACGUAAGCGAAAAGUUGUACCAGUGUUGACAUAUGCCAAACGAUCGAGGCGCGGUGCAGCCAAAGCGAUGGAAACCAAAUCAAAAGAUGUGCCAUCAGAAAUUCAAAGUGAUUCUAGAGUAGAAAAUCAAACGGAACCAUCGAUGCCAACGCCACCGACGCCGUCAUCACCGCCACCUCCCACAGAACAAAUCGAACCGUCUUCCAUGGAUCAAACAUCAUCGCUGGACAAUAAAUCCGAUGAACAAAACCCGAAAGAAGAACAAAUCAUCACUAAUGAGGAUAGUCAAUCGAAUGACAAUGACUACGAUAAUGGCAAUCAAGAUAGAAAUUUCAUGGAUUCAUUAGUUGUAGUUGAGAGUCAAGAUCCAAGCGAUGCAAAUCGUACGAUCUAUGAAGUCUAUGUUGUCGACCCGGAUACGAAUGAAAUGAGCGAAAAACCACUCGACUUACCAGAAAGUGUGCUUCAACGCAUCCGAUUAUCAAUGUCAUAACGAUCAUUUGCGAUUAGAAUCAACAAUCAUCCACUGUUAAUACGUUCACUGUUAAAUUUCGUUCAUUUUAAAACAUUGAUCAAAAUGGAAUAUGCAUUUUUUUGGUUGUUUUCGACUCGCUCUCAUUAUCUCAUCACAAAGCAAUCAAAAAAUCCAUCUAAAUUUUAAAGUUAGAUUUGUAACAUAUCAAAUUAAUAUUUAGUAGUUGAACAUUAUUUAAAAAAAAAAUACCAAGAGAACGUAUUUUUUUCACAUUGGAAUAAACAGAAAGAAAAAUGCAAUACUUUUUACAUGAACUGAA